UUUGAUGAUAUCAACAUGAAAUGGGGUACAUUUGGGUCUUAGUUGCUAUAGGGCUACUAUGGCGUCAUCAGGGAUAUCAUUACCAUCACCAGUCACACUUUUAAAUUUUACGUGGAGAUAAGAAUUCGCUAGAUCGAGAUACUGAGUAUCAACAGCCGGGACAAUAAAUUCUAUCGGUGAACCAUGGUUAAUUGUAGAGAUUGAUUGAUGUUCUGUGAAGUUACCUUUUAAAACAGACGCUUGAGUUGGGUGUAUUUUAAAUAAAUCUAAUUCAGAUUUAGCGCACUCAGGGCUUAGACCGUGAACAAGUUCUUUCUUUUCUUUGGCGUUUGCGAGGUCGUCUCGAACUGAAGGCAAUUUGCGAUUUACGCUUCCUUUUAAUACUCUUGGGAAGUGCUGUAAUUUUGCCUAAUAAAUUCCGACCUGCUUGUUUGGACUGGUCACGUAGGGAAGACUUUAUAUUUUUUCCAUUCAGUACAUCACUGGCCAUGCGAACACCAGUGUGUAAUAGUUCCAGAACCAACAGCUUUUGCCCCUUUUGUUAAAAAUGGAACAAUACUCUUGCCAAAAAAUAUCCGUGGUACAGAUUUUCCGGAUAAAAGGUCGUGCUUUCAUUUAAUAUUUCAGUAUCGAUGACUUCGCGAAAUGCCCCCAAUUUUAAAAAAUAUUUUAGUAUCUCGAGACGAUAUCGGUGAACAUAUGCGACAGUACGCGAUUAAAUACAAAUAAUGUCUCAGCCCAGACGUUUACUUAUAGGGAGUUAUUUUGGUGAUAAAAUUCUUUUGGCCACUGAGCUGGUCCGAUGGUAUCUUGAUCACGGUCUCCAUAUUACCCACAUAUACCAAUUUAUCGAGUAUGAACCCAAAGCAUGUUUCGUGCCGUUUUGUAAUGAAGUUUCAAUGGCUCGCAGAAAUGGUGACAUGUCACCGGAAAAAGCAAUUUUAGCUGAUACAUAUAAGUUACUCGGAAACUCUUCGUAUGGAAAGACUUUGGAGAAUGUUGCGAACUACCGUAAAAUAGCAUACUGUGAUGGUAAUGAAACACGCGACCUGAUCAAUGAACCUUCAUUUGUUGGCUCGACUCAACUUAGUGACGACUUAUUUGAAGUAACUUCAAAAAGAAAACAGAUUGUGUGCAAAUUAUCCAACCAGAUUGGAUUCGUCGUGUACCAAAACGCAAAAUUCACCAGAAUAUCACGUUUAGCAAGAUGCAAAAUGUCUUCUUCUCUAAACAACCUGCUGGUGGAGUUAACAUUAACUUUAAAGUACAUGAAAACAAAAUAUUUACCUAUAAACAGUAUCGAAAUCCUAUGCCUUACUUCUACGGGAAACGAAGAGUUCAUAAUGAUGGAAUUUCAACCAGUCCCUUGUUAAUUUAACUAUCUUAUUAUUUUUGUUACGUUCAUUAAAUGUCUACAUUAAUUAAUAGCAAGA